AGUCCUUUUUUUUUCCACCGAAAAUCAGUCUGUCACUUACUUUGAAUUUUACGCGGCCAACAAAAAGUGUGAAAACAUAUCAGGACUGAGAAACUGCUUCAUAAAAAACGCGAAUUGUUAGUACCCAACCCCAUUUGCUCAAUGUUCAAACCUGCAAAUAAUAAUGCAGAAAAAUUCUUUUCAGACAUGUAUUGUUAGUACCCAACCCCAUUUGCUCAUUUGACAAGCUGCCAUUUUAAAUUAGUCAAAAGAAAGUAAAGGGUAAAGCAGGAAAAAGAGAAAUUGUGUAUAUCUGAAAAUUAAUGGGUUUCAAGAAACUUGUAGUGAUGAUGAUGGGUUGUUUGGGAUGUGCUGGUCAGCACACAGAGCCUUCUACUGAGAAAACUGAAUCCAAGUCACUUAUAGAUGAUGAAUCUGUUGUUGUUGUCACGUCACCUAGAGUUAAACUUGGUGAUGGUAGAUACCUUGCUUACAGAGAAAGAGGAGUACCCAAGAACAUUUCCAAAUUCAGAAUUAUUAUUGUUCAUGGCUUUGGCAGCAACAAAGAAAUGAGCUUUAUGGCUUCUGAUGAACUCCUGGAUGAAUUGGAGAUAUACCUUUUGAUCUAUGAUAGAUCUGGAUAUGGAGAGAGCGAUAUAAAUCCAAAAAGAUCGCUUAAAAGUGAAGCGUCUGAUAUCGAAGAGCUAGCUGAUCUGUUGGAAUUAGGAUCCAGAUUCUAUGUAAUAGGUGUGUCGUUGGGAUGUUACCCCGCUUGGAGUUGCAUCAAGCACAUCCCCGGAAGGCUUGCAGGUGUGGCUCUAGUCGUUCCCUUUGUCAAUUAUAAAUGGCGUACACUACCUAAGGAUCUAGUGAAGGAUGAUUACAGGAAACAACUCUGCCGGUGGGUGAUUUGGAUCACACGUUAUGCUCGGGGGCUAUUACAUUGGUGGUUGACUCAGAAAGUUUUCCCAUCAGCCUCAGUUCUUGAUGGAAACCCUCAAUUUUUCUGUGACAGAGACUUGGAAGUCUUGAAGAAUACACCAGGAUAUCAAUUGUUCACUCAGGAUGGCCUAAAGGACCGAAAUGUAUUUGACUCCCUUUGUACUGACUGUAUUGUGGCUUUUGGGAGAUGGGAUUUUAAUCCGUUGGAGCUAACUAACCCGUACCCACAAAACGAAAGUUCAGUUCACAUCUGGCAAGGUUUCAAAGACAAAGUUGUGCCUGUUCAAUUACAAAGACACGUCUCGCAAAGGCUGCCUUGGAUUCGAUAUCAUGAAGUUCCUGAUGGUGGUCACUUGCUUGUGUAUGACAAUGCAGUGUGUGAAGCUGUCUUGACAUCACUUUUGCUUGGGGAAGAUCCUCCAUUAUACAGGCCAAAGUUAGAAGAUCACUAAGUAUUUAUUCCCUAGAUAAAAGAGUGUGAGGCAUUUCAACUGUAGUAGACAGAUAUUAAAAUAUAAAAAGGGAGUAAGGAGGAGGAGGGGAGGAUAUCUUCAAGGCGACGAGACUUGCUAUUCGAGGUAUGUUUAGGCCAUUCUGAUCAGCUUUCAUUCGAAAUCUCGUCCAAGAAAUGAUCAAAACCCUGUUUGAAUCUCCCUUUUCACGCCUAUUUUUAAACUGAAAACGCAGCUACAGGGAUCGGGUCUUGUGGAUCUGCUGUUACAGAUUCAUCAAGUUGGAUGCUUACUGCUUACUGAUUGUUUAAAAAAUUGUGUUUUUACUUAUUUUCAUCUGAUGCACAAGGAUCUCAACACGAAAAAAAUCAACUCCACCAUGAAGAUUGCUAGAAUACUAUGUUUUGACAAUUUUUAAUCGUUUUGUGUCUAUUCUUCAUCAUCAUCAACAACAACAUACCCAGUGUGAUCCUAUAAAUGGGUUCUAGGGGGGACGGGGUAUCCGCAGACCUUACUCCUACGUUGGGUAAGGCAGAGAGAAUCUUUUUGUAUCUAUUAGCAUUAAGACAGAUAAAGGGACUUAGGUUGAGCUUUCUGCAAAUAGGAAACUUCAUUCUUUAUUUUGUUUUUCCUUUCUGUUAAUAAAGUAGGAAGUUUCCAUUGUUUGGUAAA